ACUGGUGGUCCCUCAUAACUCAGAGGAGCCUUGGACUGAAAGGUCUGCUGACUUUAAAGCUCUGCUGGUUAAAAGAAAGUUUGGAGUUAGAAAAUAAGGAAAAGACAACCUGUGGAGGAGAUUUCUGAAGCCCAUAGAUGUUACUUUGAGGAGCAGGGUUUUUGGAAAAUACAGUUUCAGUAGAGCUCAUUGAAGGUAAAUCACUGCGGUCUGGACAUCACUGAGGGGAAAUAAGGAACUUAGCUGACUUCACUGUUCGAGGAAGAACGUCCGUGCUUCCCUCUGGUCAGGUUCUCUCUGUGCAAAAAAUGUCGACCUCUUCCACCAACGACAAUUUGGGAAGAGGAACCAAAACCUCUAAAGUGUCAAAGGAUCACAAAAAGCCGACGCCGGCUGCCUUGAAAGGAGCCAUCCAGCUGGGCAUCGGUUACGCUGUAGGAAACCUCAGCUCCAAACCGGACCGAGAUGUUCUGAUGCAGGACUUCUCUGUGGUGGAGAGCGUUUAUCUGCCUAGUGAGGGCAGCAACCUGACUCCAGCUCAUCAUUUCCCAGAUUUCCGUCUGAAAACGUACGCCCCGCUGGCUUUUCGUUACUUCAGAGAGCUGUUUGGCAUCAAACCAGACGACUAUCUGUACUCCAUCUGUAAUGAGCCUCUGAUCGAGCUGACCAACCCCGGAGCCAGCAGUUCCUGGUUCUACCUCACAAGUGACGACGAGUUCAUCAUCAAGACGGUGCAGCACAAGGAGGCGGAGUUCCUGCAGAAGCUGCUCCCUGGUUACUACAUGAAUCUGAAUCAGAACCCGAGGACGUUGCUGCCAAAGUUCUACGGUCUUUACUGCAUCCAGUGUUGCGGCGUCACGGUCCGCGUGGUGGUGAUGAACAACGUGCUGCCUCGCACCAUGAAGAUGCACUACAAGUACGACCUGAAGGGUUCGUCGUACAAACGCCGCGCCUCGCGCAAAGAGCGGUUGAAGCCCUGUCCCACCUUCAAGGACCUGGACUUCCAGGAGAUGCACGAAGGCCUGAACUUUGACCAUGAAACUUACAAUGCCCUGAUGAAGACCCUGCAGAGGGACUGUCGGGUCCUGGAGAGCUUUAAGAUCAUGGACUACAGUCUCCUGUUGGGGAUUCACAUUCUGAACAGGAAGCCUCUGAGCAGAGGAAGCAGGUGUGACAGCAGGAAGGGACAGAAAGUCCUUUACUCCACCGCUCUGGAGUCCAUCCAGGGGAACGUGAAGGACCCCGAUCCAGUGGCAGACGACGAAACAAUGGGAGGAAUUCCUGCCAGACAUAAAGACGAGCAACUUCUCAUCUUUUUAGGAAUCAUUGACAUCCUUCAGUCCUACAGAUUCAUUAAGAAGGUUGAACACUCCUGGAAAGCUCUAGUUCAUGAUGGGGACACCGUGUCGGUUCACAGGCCCAGUUUUUACGCCGACAGAUUCCUGAAUUUCAUGGGCUCGACUGUAUUUAAAAAGAAUCAUCCUUUAAGAGGAGCGUCUUCAAAGAGAAAGAGGACUUCCUUCUACGCAGUCAGGUCGGCCUCUCAGGAGUUAUUGAGCGCACGGCGGGAGGAGAAGAAGGAGGAGAAGAAGGCUCAAAGUAUGGACAACCUGGAUGGAAAAUUUUACACUUCCUCCAAACAACCAGAUCUCCUGCCCAGACCUGCAGUUUCUUUUGAGUCCAGCAGAACUGAUGCCAAGGAUCCUGAAAGCAGUGAAGACCGACGAGCCUCCAGUUCAACGAUCGCUCUGGAGCAUCCUUUGCCGUCCUUCAACAUGAGCCAAUCGGACUCUGAGCUGGACGACUACUUGGCGUCACUGGGUGUUUCUGCAUUUUCAGCGUCACACAGUCUCACCCAGGAGACCCAGCUGGAGUUGAUUGGUCGUUUUUCUUCCCAGAAUCCAUAAACUUGAAGAGAAGAGAGUGAUUAUUUCUCUGUGGCCUCCUGGACUUCUGACAUUCCAGUCUGACGGCUUCAAGACAUCCGGACUUUCUUCACUGUUACAUCACUCUGUGCCUCUCCUUCAAACUAAAUGUGCCAAAUCACAGGAUUGCUUGUAGAAUUGUACAAGCAGAUGUAGGGUGCAGUCUGUGGUUAUGUAGCUGUGGUGCUGAACCACUAAAACACUACGAUACUGUUGUGUUUCUCCUCCUGUUUUUAAACACUGUGCGACUAAACGUUGAAGUGCAGGUACCCUUAGAUUCUGAUUUCCUGUGAAAAUGUUCAAAAACUCCUCAGAGGCUGGAUCUCUGAGAACACAUGUUGUUCUGUAACUUAAUCAGCUACAGGAGAAAUAAUUAUCUGCUGUUAUUUUUUUUAAUUCAGAUUAAUAUAUAUAGAGAGCGUUGUUGACAUUAUUGUGGUUUGAGAAAUCUGAAUGAAAAAUGUUGACUCGUCUUUUGAGGCAUUCAAAUGUGCAAGGUUGAUAAAGUGUGCUGUGCGUUUAGUAAAAACUGAUUUAUCAUCUCAGUUUGCAUAAAACAUGAGGAAUUUAAGCUACAUCAUGUUUAAUUUGUUCUUAAUACAGAAUCUGCUUCCGGCAUGACAACUACGACUUGUCUUCAGUUUCUCUGUAAAACAAGAAUCAAAUAUUUUCAAACUAUAUUUCAUUCCUCAUCAUUUCAUCCGUCUCUAAGCAUUUCUCUAAAGAAUGUACUUUAAGUUCAAACGUGUGUCUCAUACAAACUGUUUUCAUUCCUUAAGUAAUGAGCAUACUGUAUGUAAUGUUACCUGUCUUCUAUUUGUCCAUGUGCCUUAAGAGUUUAUAAAAAAAUCAAUGCUUUGAUGAGAUGUACAGUAUAGGCUUAGAAACUGUUUUAUAGCAAUACUUUGGACUUGUGUGCAAUAAAUGUAAUAUUGAAUAUCAA